AUGUGUACUUAUCGUCGUUUAAGUAUUGAACAUAAAUUCAAUGAAAAUCUACAUCAAAAAACUUAUUUAUCAAAUUUACAUUCUUAUAAAUAUCGUGAAGAUUUAUUAAAUAAAAAACUUGAUUAUCUACGAAAAAAUCUUGAACAUAUUGAACCAUCUGUUCAUGAUGAUGACGAUGAUAAUAAUGAUAAUAAUAAUAAUAAUGAACAAGCAUUAAUGGCACCAAAUUGUAUUUCACGUAUACAAAAUCAUUUUCGUUUAUUAAAUUUUUCAUCCGAAUCAGAAAAACGUUUAUUAUGUCAAGCAUCAUCAUCAUCAGCUAAUAAAUCAACUAAACAAAUAUCAAAUCAACUUCCAAUGAUUUCACAAAAACAAAAUUCAAAUGAAAUCAAUCAAUCUAUACGACGUUCAUCAAUUAAUAAUUCAUGUCGUUCAGCAAGAAAUCAUCAUGAUUCAAAUGAUGAUUUACUUCAACAAAAAACAUUUCAAUCAUAUGUUAAUCAACAAAAAAUCGAUGAACAAAAUAAACAAAUGAAAAAUAAUGAACGAAAAACAUCUCUUCUUAAAGAAUUUGAUGAACUUAAACAUACCAUUGAUGAUCCAAAUUCGACUUUAUCUGUACUUGCUGCACUCUCUCGUGCAAUAUUCUUUUUAGAUUCUGGAAGAAAAUAA